CGUCACCUUGGCAACGAGACGCACAGGCUGGAGCUGGACUCCGCGGCGGUUUGGAGCCGGCCCUGGGGAAUCGUAUCAUGUCGCGACCUAAGACUCAAAAUUACAAGGUCCAUGGAUUGCCAAAGGGAAAAGAGCGAGAGCAGAGAGCAUCAAUCCGGUUCAAGACCACUCUCAUGAAUACUCUCAUGGACGUCCUUCGCAACAGGCCAGGAUGGGUGGAAGUGAAGGAUGAAGGGGAGUGGGAUUUCUACUGGUGUGACGUCAGCUGGCUCCGGGAGAACUUCGACCACACCUACAUGGAUGAGCAUGUGCGGAUCAGCCACUUCCGAAACCACUACGAGCUGACCCGCAAGAACUACAUGGUAAAGAACCUGAAGCGGUUCCGGAAACAGCUGGAACGUGAGGCAGGAAAGCUGGAGGCAGCCAAGUGUGACUUCUUCCCCAAAACCUUUGAGAUGCCAUGCGAGUACCACCUGUUUGUAGAGGAGUUUCGCAAAAACCCGGGAAUCACCUGGAUCAUGAAGCCUGUAGCCCGGUCACAGGGGAAGGGCAUUUUCCUUUUCCGGAGGCUUAAGGACAUCAUGGACUGGAGAAAGGGCACCGCUGGGAAGAAGCUCACCAGCUUGGAGGCCCAGCCCUCCCGGAGCGCCAUCAACCCCUCUGGCAGCCACGACACAAGAAGCUCUGAAGAUCAGAAAGAUGAAAUUCCAGUGGAGAACUAUGUAGCUCAGCGUUACAUUGAAAAUCCCUACCUGAUAGGAGGCCGGAAGUUUGACCUGCGUGUCUACGUGCUGGUGAUGUCGUACAUCCCACUGCGGGCCUGGUUAUACCGGGAUGGCUUCGCCCGAUUCUCCAACACCCGCUUCACACUGAACAGCAUCGACGACCAGUAUGUUCACCUCACCAACGUCGCCGUGCAAAAGACAUCUCCUGACUACCACCCAAAGAAGGGCUGCAAGUGGAUGCUGCAGCGCUUCCGGCAGUACCUGGCGUCCAAGCACGGGCCCGAGGCCGUGGAGACGCUCUUCAGCGACAUGGACAACAUCUUCAUCAGGAGCCUGCAGAGCGUGCAGAAGGUGAUCAUCAGCGACAAGCACUGCUUUGAACUCUAUGGCUAUGACAUCCUCAUCGACCAGGACCUCAAGCCGUGGCUCCUGGAGGUCAAUGCGUCCCCAUCCCUGACAGCCAGCAGCCAGGAGGACUACGUGCUCAAGACCUGCCUCCUGGAAGAUACCCUGCAUGUCGUGGACAUGGAGGCCCGACUCACAGGACGGGAGAAGCGAGUGGGAGGCUUUGACCUCAUGUGGAAUGAUGGCCCUGUCAGCAGAGAAGAGGGAGCUCCCGACUUGUCAGGAAUGGGGAACUUUGUGACCAACACGCACCUUGGUUGUGUCAACGAUCGGAAAAAACAGCUGAGGCAGCUGUUCCGCUCCCUUCAAGGCCAGAAGAAAGCUUCCAACUAAUCCCCAAUGCGGAGGGGAGAAACCCUGAAGGUGCCGAACCAGUCCUUGCUCUGCUCCCAGUUUCCAGCACAGCAGCACCUCCAAGCACUCGCCUCUCUCCCUCCGGCCUGGCAGGUGCUUGCUGCCGUCCCCCUGGAUGCCCCCACCCCACCCUGGGCAUCUUGCCCCAGCAGAGAGCCUAUCUCCGGGACUGGAUAGAUUUUAACCUCGACAGAUUGGCUGGCUUGGCGAUCAGGCUCAAUGAGGACAAAUGCAGCAAGUUCUGCUGCCCCUGAGAGAUUAUAUCUAAUAAAGGAACAGACCCCUUUCAGAGAAUCUUUAGGCUCCAGGCUUGGCUCAGAGGGUGCUGUCGGCCAAGUCUCCCUGGCUUUGACCUUCUGAGGUCUCUCAGGGGGCCAGGGAUCCUUCAGGAGCAAGGGAACUCGUCGCAAGCUGCAUUUGCAAAGCAAGCGGUUACUAGAUUGUGCAUUUACUGCAGGUUUGGGGAAGGACUGAGCUCCAAUCACAUCCUGCCAUCCUUGUCUGGGGAACCCACUGAGCGCCCCCAACCACCUAAAACCAGUGAGCCAGAGCAUCCCCAUUUCUCAGGUGGACAAGGUAAGGAUCAGGAAGGCAGAGCUGCUUGGUGAGGGUCUCUGCAAAUGUGAGCUUCUCUAAGUCAGCUGGGUGACCUAGGUGUCUCUCUCGGCCUUCCUGUUUGAGUCUGGGAGCCAAGCUCUUUAGCCCAGAAAGCCUUGAGCUGGCAGGCAAAGAGAAGGCUUGGGGAGUCAGGCACAAGUAAAAAUGCAUUUUCCACAUUCCUACACCUCCUCUUGGCUUACGAGGGCCUCCUGCCUCCAGUGUGGGGACUUCCCUCCAAGCCUCUGAGUGGGGCAAGUCCCAGCAACCCCAGGCAUGGGUUCCAAGUCUCUAGGAGAAAGAAUCUGACAGGCCUUGCAUCCACAGGGCCACAGAGGCAGAGGUAACAUGCAGACAGAGCAACUGUGAGCCAGGCAGUCACACCAGACAGUAUCUUCCAAAGUAAAUGACACAACUCUCUGCUUUUUUAUGUUUUUAUUUAAAAAUAUGCACUAUAACAGCAACAUGUCCCCUCGCACCCUUGUGUCCCAAACAUGCAGUUUCUAUUCUGAGGGAACCACAUUCAUUGUUUGCACACAAAUUACGAGCUUAUUAGUCAUUGUCCUUGCUUCUCACUGUACUGUAUCUUGAAGUUUGUUCAAAAGCAAUGCUCAAAGUGUCUUCAUCCUUGAAUACAGCUGUAUAGUAUUCCA